AUGGGCUUGUACCUAUUUGCAUUUUCACAGAGCCGUCCAGCAGAGCUGUUCCAAGUGGUAAGGGGUCUUUUACGCACUCCCCCUCAAGUAGAAAUUGCAGACCAUUUGGUGGUCCUCUGCAAAGAAUUUGCCCACCACUUUGCAGAUAAAGUUGCUCUGAUCCGCUCCGACUUGGAUGCUCUUCUGGAGUUACACAUGAGAAUCAAAGGUGGUCGAGUCCUGGUGGAUCAGGCACAAGAGGAAAAUGAGAACCUAAAGCAACAAAUCGAGGAGCUGAGUUUGGAGGCUGUGGUUCUACAGAGGAAGCUCGUCUUCAAAGAGGCUAACAGCAGUGGAGCCAUUGAAAAGCUUCAGUCAGAGCAUGUGAACAGUCAACAGCACAUCAAAGACCUGGAGGCGAAGCUAGAGAAGAUACAAAGCAAUCUUCUAGAAAAAUUGAAAGCUCUAGAUGUUAUUGAGGAAAAGAAUGCUUCCCUGCAAGAAGAAAUAUUUUCAUUGAGGAAUGCUCUUCAAUAUGUUAAAAGAUCUGAGACUACAGCACGUUCCAAUUCAAGCAUACCUCAUACUGCACUCCAGUUCCAGGAGUCCUCAGUUUCCAAAGGGAACAUCACAGCCAAACCUUCAGAGAAAGUACUGUAUUCACGGUUUGCACAUUCUGCUUCAAUUGUCAACUUGUCACCUACAAAAUCAUCUUCCAGAAUGGUCAGAUUUCCCAUAUCAUCACUUCUGACUCUAGAUAAAUCUCCAGGCAUCUCUAGUGGCAGCUUUUUACUACAAAAACAAUGUACUCCUUGCUCUAGCAUCUCCAAUAUUGAUAGCAAUGUACUCGGGCAAGGUCAGGACUACGUCAGAGCUCUGUUCUCUGGAUCCAAGAAGACUGUUUCAGAAGUUCCACCAGUGAUGAAAUUAGGAAAGCAACAUAUUCCAACUGAAUACUAUGACUCUUCAGCAUCCAGUGCUGUUGGGAACCUUAAAAUAGUUGAAGUUCAUUCAUGUGGCCAUUAUGUGAAGAUACUAAACACAUCUCAAGAUAAAGAAGAGGGGAUUGGAGAUCACACACUCCAGCAGAACCUCAAUGGGCAUCCAGUAGCAGUUUAUAAAUUUCCCCCAAAGAUCAGAAUGAAGGCUAAUUCUUCAAUAACAGUGUGGGCUGUUUGUUCUAAAAUGACACAUAGACCUCCAACAGACUAUCUUUGGAAGGAUAUGGACAAAUUUAACCCAGGACCAGAGUGCACCACUAUCCUUUGUGGUCCUACUGGACAGGCUGUUGCUUGGUAUACUCCCAUAAACUGGAACCGAGAGCAAACAAAGAAAGACGAAGAAGGCGAUAAUUUCUGUAGAAACCUUUUACAGCCCAUUAUAGGAGUACAUCAGCAACAAGACCGGUGGGAAACUAGGGCAUUUGAGACAUGGCAAGGAAGUGUCAGUCAAAGUAAUACAAAGGAGAAUGAGCCAGAAUUUAUUUUAAGAGAAGAAAAGAUGCCACCCACCCUGUUCCCUGUUCAGAAUUCUUGGUGCCGAAGUCCCAGCUCUUCCACUCAUCCCCAUUAUACAAUGGGAAGAUAUUUAGCUUUGGGUGGUGACAAGAGUCAUGCGUGCACUAGAACACAGCCAGUACAACCGAAUCUAGAUCUUGAAUUCAGUUGUGGCAAAAAGUCAAGAAAAGAAAGUGGUAAUAGGAAAAGCACAAGGGCAACUCGAUCCAUUGGGCCUAAUUUAGGUGGAGUGAUUUAUGUAGGUUCAGAGACACCCACCGGCUCUGCUUUACAGAAGUAUUUUGCCCAUUCAUCUUACCACUUCAGGCUCCCGGCCCAGGCAUCGCCUACUCGCAUUAGCUUUCUCUAGUGUCUCACAGAGGAUCAGUGAAUAGAACUGGGUUACUUUCAAAGCGCUCUGCGGAAAAAAUAGUUUGGUGAUUCAUUGCUCCAGGAGUAAGGCAUCUUGGAUCUUCAGAGCCACUCUAAACUUUCAGUAUGAUUUCUCUGUAAAUCUCUGUGUGUUGGAAGGUCUGGCUGGCUAACUUCUCUCAGCAGUGGAUUUAUAAUACGUUGGCUAUUGAUAACUGCAUCAUUGGCACUGAUGCAAAAUAUAAGGCUGAAACUAGGCACAUCUUGCUACCCCAGUGACUUCUCUGAAGCCUUAGCAGUACCUUUGGUUCACAGUUCCACCCAUACACAUAAGCAAUUCAAAAAUACAUAAAACUGAAGGGGCUAUCUGGCCUGCAAUCCUAUAUAGUGAAACCAACUGCCAUCUCCCCCACAAACAACUAGGAUAAGAUUGGCACCCAUGUUAAUUUACCAAGGUGGGCUGUGGGCAAUUUAGCUGUACAACACUUGUGGUGGAUCUUUGGGCACUAGACCUAGGAGAAGCUUUGCUUGGUGUUCUAACUCCUCAAAUAAGCCUGCAGUCAAAUAUAGACUAUAUCAAAAAUAUUUAACUGCAUAGAUCACAGCUAUGGAUAGUUCUUAAGGUCAUGGGAGUCCCACUCCAUCUGACAGUCCUGAUGAGACAUCUCUACUUAGGGCAAGAGGCUAUUGUUAGAACAGAAUUCAGAGAAACAGAAUGGUCCCAGUUGGCAAAGGGAUCAGGCAAGGCUGCAUUCUAUCA